UGGUUAAAGUCAUAUGGCUAUCUGCUUCCCUAUGAUUCACGAGCAUCUGCGUUGCACUCAGGGAAGGCCUUACAGUCAGCAGUCUCCACUAUGCAGCAAUUUUACGGAAUCCCAGUCACCGGUGUGUUGGAUCAGACAACGAUCGAAUGGAUGAAGAAACCUCGAUGUGGUGUCCCUGAUCACCCCCACUUGAGCCGAAGGCGGAGAAACAAGCGCUAUGCCCUGACUGGACAGAAGUGGAGGCAAAAACAUAUCACCUACAGCAUUCACAACUAUACCCCAAAGGUGGGUGAGCUAGACACACGUAAAGCUAUUCGCCAGGCUUUUGAUGUGUGGCAGAAGGUGACUCCACUGACCUUUGAAGAGGUGCCAUACCAUGAGAUCAAAAGUGAUCGGAAGGAGGCAGACAUCAUGAUCUUCUUUGCUUCUGGUUUCCAUGGUGACAGCUCCCCAUUUGAUGGGGAAGGAGGAUUCCUGGCCCAUGCCUACUUCCCUGGCCCAGGGAUUGGAGGAGACACUCACUUUGACUCAGAUGAACCAUGGACCCUAGGAAAUGCCAACCAUGAUGGGAACGACCUCUUCCUGGUGGCUGUGCACGAGCUGGGCCAUGCGCUGGGAUUGGAGCACUCCAAUGACCCUAGUGCCAUCAUGGCACCCUUCUACCAGUACAUGGAGACACACAACUUCAAGCUUCCCCAGGAUGAUCUCCAGGGAAUCCAGAAGAUCUACGGACCACCAGCAGAGCCUCUGGAGCCCACAAGGCCCCUCCCUACACUCCCAGUCCGCAGGAUCCACUCACCAUCUGAGAGGAAACAUGAGCGCCAGCCCAGGCCCCCUCGGCCACCCCUUGGGGACCGACCAUCCACUCCAGGCACCAAACCCAACAUCUGUGAUGGCAACUUCAACACGGUGGCCCUCUUCAGGGGCGAGAUGUUUGUGUUUAAGGAUCGCUGGUUCUGGCGCCUACGCAAUAACCGGGUGCAGGAGGGCUACCCCAUGCAGAUUGAGCAGUUCUGGAAAGGCCUGCCUGCCCGCAUAGAUGCAGCCUAUGAAAGGUCUGAUGGAAGAUUUGUCUUCUUCAAAGGUGAUAAGUACUGGGUAUUUAAGGAGGUCACAGUGGAACCUGGGUACCCCCACAGCCUGGGGGAGCUGGGCAGUUGCUUACCCCGUGAAGGUAUCGACACAGCUCUGCGUUGGGAACCUGUGGGCAAGACGUACUUUUUCAAAGGCGAGCGGUACUGGCGCUACAGCGAGGAGCGGCGAGCCACAGACCCUGGCUACCCCAAGCCCAUCACCGUGUGGAAGGGCAUCCCACAGGCCCCCCAAGGGGCCUUCAUCAGCAAGGAAGGAUAUUACACCUACUUCUACAAGGGUCGGGACUACUGGAAGUUUGACAACCAGAAACUGAGCGUAGAGCCAGGCUACCCACGCAACAUCCUGCGUGACUGGAUGGGCUGCAAUCAAAAGGAGGUGGAGCGGCGCAAAGAGCGGCGGCUACCCCAGGAUGAUGUGGGCAUCAUGGUGACCAUCAAUGACGUACCAGGCUCUGUGAAUGCUGUGGCAGUGGUCAUCCCCUGCAUCCUGUCUCUCUGCAUCCUGGUGCUCGUCUACACUAUCUUCCAGUUCAAGAACAAAGCAGGCCCUCAGCCUGUCACCUACUAUAAGCGGCCAGUCCAGGAGUGGGUAUGAGAAGCCCAGAGCCCUCUCUGUCCACUUGGUCCGGCCAUCCAGGCCCUUCCUCACCAGGGUCUGAGGGGCAGCUCUGGCCACUGCCCACUGGGUCCAGCAGGCCCCUAGGCCAGGGUCGUACAGCUGAAGUGGUGGGUGCAUUGGUCUAGGCUGAGUGUGGGUUAGGGAGUGAUGGUGGCUGUGCCCCAGGGUGGGUGUCUGGCACCCAGUGGCCAGCCUUCUGCCCUGGGUCCACUCCCUCAAGAGAAUAGGCCAGGCCCCAUCAGAAGGCAGGGACCAUACCAGGAGGAGCCCCUAUGGUCACUGAACCCUGUGGUAUCACUGUACCACAGCUCUGGUCCUGGCUAGGACCCAAUACCUUCUGUGGCAAGCCAGCACUAGCUCACAUCCCCCAACUGGGAGAUGCCACUAGCCCCCCGUCACCUUCUGCCAACACCUGCUGGUCAGAUGUCCCUCUACCUUUACCCCCACUGUCCUCCAAGGCUACAGGACCCCUGCUGCCAACGUGGUGGGCAACAAGCCUGGGUUUCUCCUGCUGGCAAACAGCAGAUCCUUCAGGAACCCUGCUCCACUUGUCAAGUUUCCUCUGAGACCCAGGAUUUAAGGUCACAUGCUGCAGGCGGGGCUGUGACCUGGCUGGGUCUAACCAGGACCCAGAUGUCAUAUCGUGAAUAUUUAAAUGUCCUGUCACUACUGUUUAAAGUCCCAUUUUGCAAAGGCUGCUUAAGGCUUUAGAUGAAUUAGAGGUGAUUGUCUUAGUGAUGAGGCCAGUGUGGCGGUGGCCUUCCCCCAGGUGAUAAGGACCAAGGUGCUGCUAAGGUUAUGCUAGCAAGCCAGAAUGAGCUGGGGCCCUCUCAUGAGGCUCAAGAACUGGGGCAGGAACUGACCCUGUUUCCAGAGGCUGAUCCAAGUUCGUGGUCAUCCUCCAUGCCCCUCUCCAUUAACCCUGCCCCCAGCCCUGCUCCAUCCAGCCUGUUGCUGGUGGCCUGACUAGUUAGGUGAGAGAUGGCUCUAGAGAUGACCACCACAGUCAUGGCCUUGGGAGUACGGUGCAGCCUUCUGCUGUACUCAAUGCCCACAUCUCCAGCAACCCUGAGGCAACUCAAUCUCUCAGCCAGAAGCAGUGUUUAUGCUAUGAUCUUGGCUCUGGCAAUCUAGCUUACUGGGUCCAUCUUCAUGCAUUGGUUCUUAGGAAAAGGGUACCCCAACUGGUAGCAGCCCCAAAUCUAGGGGCCUCCCUUUUUUACUUUCUUGGACCCACUCUUCACUUCUGGCAGGAGUUGCUAGGGCUCCGCUUGACUUGCUCCAGUCUAGCAGAGGCAGCCCCGCUGGUCACUGAGAAGCCCUAGGCAAGACCAAAGGGUGCAGUGAUGACCACUGGCUCUCUGCCAAAGCCAAAAAGCAGUGCCAGGCAGUCUUCAGGGUGCUGGCAGGGUCUCAGAUGCCACCCUUACCCUCUGAGCCUGCAUGGGCCUUGUCCCUACCCUGUGGCCUCUGAACUCUAGGUUGGCUUAGUCUGUAGCAAAGACAGGGACUCUUGCUGCCCUGGGAACUGUCUCAAGUAAAAUCUCUUGUCCCAGAGGCUCCCAUGUGAGUUCCACUGUGUCCCCUGUUAUCAUCAUUCUGUUUUUUCUCAUUUUGGCCAAGGGCAGGCUCCCUGGGGCAGGCGGGGAACAACUGCAGAGAUAUUAGUGAUUCAUAGGUUUGUACAGCGUUUUAUACUUUGCAAAGCACUUUAUUAGCUCACACCUGUCUACUCACAUGGAACUCAUGUAGCCCCUGGGAAGCCAAGGGUAACUUUUAUCAUGCCCUCAGAUGAAGCACAGAGAGGUUAUUACCUGCUUGGACCAUCCAGUGGGCUGGCUAGGUCUUAUGUCUCAUCUGUGGACCUCUCUAGAUCAGUGUCUCCUCUAUCCAUCUCUUCCUGGCCUCCCUCCCUGCCUCUUCCUGGUUCCUCUCCACUCCUCAGGUUGGUGCUCUCACUUCUUGAAGGCUCUAGGCUCCCCAGGCUCCCCUAUUGGCUUCCCGGUACAAGGCCAGCUGAGAAAGAGCAGGAGAUGGAGGCAGGCAGCCCACGCUGCAGAUGUGAGGGAUGCAGGGGCAGGCCCAGAGCGGGCUCAGCCUAGCGGCUUCCAAUCACGGAUUCUCCUGCCUGUGGUCAUCCGUUUGUCCAUCCCAGGUCAGGGCAGUCAGAGAGGAGCAGAGCGCUGGGGGGCCCUAGAGCCCAGCCCCCUCAGCCUGGGGAACAUCACAUUUCUGUGUCGGUCACAUUUUAAACUGAUCAGCCUUUGUAUAAUGUUUUUUAAAUCAUUUCUAAAUAAAACAAAAAUACACAGAGUG